UCAGAUGUGGAUGCAAAAAAAAAAGAAAAAGAGGGGGAUCCAGCAGCAACUAUGUGACAGACAGACAACACGGACCCUCGGCCGCACUGCUGGCAGGUACCGCGGAGGACACAAUGGAGCUGGGCCGCAUGCAGGACACCUCACAACGGCAGUAAUGACCCACAGGACCGCGGCAGCAUCCUCCGGACAGCAUGCACCCCCACACCUUCUCGGUGCAGUGAAGAACUUUGACGCUGUCCUUGCAUGAGUACUUCUUUCGGAUCUAAGUGCAAAUCAGGUAGGAGUGCUGCCACCCUGCAACACUCGACUUGGCUGCUCAUGGGUCCUGGUAGUAACUGCUCGAGGACACGAAGAAAUAGAAUUUAAGGGCCCCCACCGGCUGACCUCUGGACUGACCCUGUCCUCCUCUCUUCUUCCCCAGCUCUUCCUCCAGCUGCAGGGCUUUGUUGCUCCGGAGUAAUGAAAUCCAGCAUGAGGCCAUGGCGAAGACUUUUGCUGCUGGGAAUGGUGGCCUGGGUUGUUUUCUUGCUCGCUCUCUUCUCUUACUUCCUGGACGCCCGGGUCAACGAGGCGCUGAUCUCCGGCAGCACCCUGAUCUCCCAGCACCCUGACACCCGCCGUUUGACAUCCAUCCAGCAGAACACUGUCAUGGGUCCCAGGCCUGAAGUAGCCUCCAGCUUGACCCCAAUAUAUCCUGGAGACAGACCAGGACUGGAAGCUCUCAACACCUCUGUGACCCCAGAGCCCAGUGUGGAGUUAAGGAGAAGCCUUAACCGUGCACCUUAUGUCAACUAUGGUAGCCAGGAGACCAGUCGCCAAGACUACCUGGACCCCCAAACUCUGGCUGCAUGGUCUUCUUUCGGGACUGAAAAUGUGGGCUCUCAUUCCAGUCGUGACAAAACUUCCCGGACUAUACGGUAUCAAAACCAAGUGAGGAGAGUUCCGGAUCACGGUGGAGAGGAGGAGGAUGAGGAGGGGGAAGACGCAGAUGAUGAAAGAGGAAACCGAAUGACGGCUCCCAGGAGGUCUACCGACACUUCCUCCGACCCGGAGGAGUACUACUUGUCCAAGUCGGCGUCAGUGGUCAGGCGCCUGUGGCAGGGGCGCCUGUCCGCCGACAACCUCAGCCCUCGGCUGCAGUUGGCCAGGAACGAGUACAUGAAGGCCAACAAGCACCACGUGGUCUUCAAGGGGCACCGCAGGGCCUCGCAGACCACCAAGGAACUACUCUGUCAAAUGAAGACCGAGGCCCCACUCGCCACGGUGGACGGGUCCGAGCAGCCCUUCUCCUCGUACGGGUGGGCUCGCCUCGUUCCCUCCUUGCCCCUGGAGCAGCUGUACAGGACUCAGGGGGGGAACAGCUUCCGGACCUGUGCUGUAGUCUCCUCGGCCGGCGCCAUUCUGCGGUCGGGACUGGGAAAAGAGAUCGACGCUCAUGAUGCCGUGUUGCGGUUCAACGCGGCGCCCACCGAAGGCUACGAGAAAGACGUGGGGAACAAAACCACUAUCAGGAUCAUGAACUCACAGAUUCUGGCUGAUCCGAGGUUUCGUUUCCGCACAAGUUCUCUUUACAAGAAUGUCACCCUGGUGGCCUGGGACCCAGCACCUUAUAAUCUCAACCUACACAAGUGGUACGCCAGUCCUGACUACGACCUGUUCGGCCCGUAUGAGGAGCAUCGCAAGCACUCCCCCGGCCAGCCCUUCUACAUCCUGCAUCCAAGCUACGUUUGGCGUCUCUGGGACGUGGUUCAGAGCAACACUCAGGAGAACAUUCAGCCCAACCCUCCCUCGUCUGGCUUCAUAGGCAUCCUCCUGAUGAUGGCGCUGUGCGAGCAGGUCCACGUGUACGAGUACAUCCCCUCCAUGAGGCAGACGGACCUGUGCCAUUACCACGAGCUCUACUUUGACGUGGCGUGCACGCUGGGGGCCUACCACCCGCUCCUGUACGAGAAGAGCCUGGUGCAGCGCAUCAACACCGGCACCGAGGUGGACCUCCGCAGGAAGGGGCGGGCCACCCUGCCGGGGUUCCGCACCGUGGACUGUGGUGACAUCUGAAGUUGCACCAUGGCCGACUAUCUUGAGGCCACUUUACGUAACUAUGGCCUGUUCUUAGGGUGGGGGUGGGGGUGGCACUGAGGGCGCGGUGCAAUAAAGCCUGUGAAGGCGGAUGAGACUGACAAAAAAAACAAAAGCCUGAGCCCCCUUCAAGGUGGGAGAGGAUCAACAUGCGAGGCUUGUUUUCAUUAAGAUGGCUUUGACAAAGACAUCUCUCUCUGCUGUAACUGAGCCAUGUUAGCUGUUGAGCUGACAAGAUUUUUUUUACGGAAUUUUCCACAGUGUAAAUUCUGUUCUUUUUCCACUCUCUCACGGCAGCGGUCUUGCCGUUUUUUCUACUCGGACGAUGCCGACAGGGUCUUAAACUGUUCAGCGCCUCCCAUUGCGUUGCACCAGCUCUUAUUAGUAUUCGUACGGCGUGCGUGGAAAGUGAGAGCCGGUUUCGCCCCACCACCCCCCUGCUGAUACAUCUUAGCUUAACGCUACAUUGGCCUAAUUAGGGCGCUUGUCACGCCGUGUUUGGACUGUGCAAGUUCUCGUGCUGUCAAACGAGGGACCAAAGUUGACGUCUGGAAUCCACAGGUGGAGUGGAGUUGCUUCGCGUAGGCUAGUGUUGGCAAGUUCUCGAUCUUCCGGCCUUAUUCGGCAACUUCUGGCCUUAUCGUGAAAAACUCAUUGCUAUUAUUGUUUGUGUUAUUCGACUACUGCAGUAUGUGUCUUUAAAUGAAACUCCUCUGUCCACUUAUCUAUCAAAAAAAGCAAGAACUUGGGGUAGAAUUUGUGUACAUUUACGUGAGAAUAAGUUCAGCUGGUAACUAGCGUUCACGCUGGCCCGUCAGGAUUUUUUGUUGAAUCCGAACUUUUUAUUUUAUGAUUGGUAAAACUGUAUUGUUGACUUACCUAUCAACAAAAAGCAUCAUUUUGGGGUAGAAUUUGUGUACAUUUACAUGAGAUAUUACGUUCAGCUGGUAAAUAAAGCUACGAUCACGCUGCCACCUUUUUGAUUUUUUGUUAAAUCCGAUCUUUUUAUGUUUUUAUUCUGCCAAAUAAAACAGUUCUGUUCACUUACCUAUCUACAAAAAGCAAAUUCUUGGGGUAAAAUUUGUGUACAUUUACGUGAGAUAUUACGUUCAGCUGGUAACUAAAGCUACAUUCACGCUGCCCCGUUUUGAUUUUUUGUUAAAUCCGAUCUUUUUAUGUAGUUAUUCUGCAAAAUAAGACAGUUCUGUCCACUUAACUAUCAACAUAAAGGAACAUCUUGGGGUAGAAUUUGUGUACAUUUACGUGAGAUUAUGUUCAGCUGGUAACUAAGGUACGUUCAUGCUGGCCAGUCAGGAUUUUUUGUUGAAUCAAUUUGUGUACAUUUACAUGAGAUAUUACGUUCAGCUGGUAACUAAAACUACGAUCACGCUGCCACCUUUUGGAUUUUUUGUUAAAUCCGAUCUUUUUAUGUAUUUAUUCUGCUAAAUAAAACAGUUAUUUUCUCUUACCUAUCAUCAAAAAGCAACAUAUUGGGGUAGAAUUUGUGUACAUUUUUACGUGAGAUAUUACGCUGGACCGUCAGGAUUUUUUGUUGAAUCCAAUCUUAUUAUGUAGUUGUUCUGAUUGGUAAAACUGUUUUGUCGACUUACCUAUCAACAAUAAGCAUCAUUUUGGGGUAGAAUUUGUGGCCAUUUACAUAAGAUAUUACGUUCAGCUGGUAACUGUCAGGAUUUUUUGUUAAAUCCGAUCGUUUAAUGUAGUUAUUCUGCUAAAUAAAACAUUUCUGUCCACUUGCCUAUCUACAAAAAGCAACAUCUUGGGGUAGAAUUUGUGUACAUUUACAUGAGAUAUAAUGUUCAGCUGAUAACUAAAGCUACAAUCAUGCUGCCACCUUUUUGAUAUUUUGUUAAAUCCGAUCUUUUUAUGCAGUUAUUCUGUGUUAAAUCCGAUCUUUUUAUGCAGUUAUUCUGUGAAAUAAAACAGUUCUGUCUACUUAGCUAUCAACAUAAAGGAACGUCUUGGGGUAGAAUUUGUGUACAUUUUUGUGAGAUGUUUACCUGGUAACUAAGGCUACGUUCACGCUCCGUCAGGAUUUUUUGUUAAAGUCGAUCUUUUUAUGUAGUUAUUCUGCGAAAUAAAACGGUUCUGUCCACUUACCUAUCAACAAAAGCAACAUAUUGGGGUAAAAUUUGUGUACAUUUACGUGAGUUAUUACAUUCGAUUCCCCGUCAGAAUUUUUUGUUAAAUCCGAUCUUUUUAUGUAGUUAUUCUGCGAAAUAAAACGGUUCUGUCAACUUACCUAUCAACAAAAGCAACAUAUUGGGGUAAAAUUUGUGUACAUUUACGUGAGUUAUUACAUUCGGCUGGUAACUAAGGCACGUUCACGAUUCCCCGUCAGGAUUUUUUGUUAAAUCCGAUCUUUUUUCUAGUUAUUUUUGCGAAAUAAAACGGUUCUGUCCAAUUACCUAUCAACAGAAAGCAACAUCUUGGGGUCAAAUUUGUGUACAUUUACAUGAAAUAUUACAUUCAGCUGGUAACUAAGGCUACUACGUUCAUCCUGCACCGUUUGGAUUUUUUGUGAAAUCCGAUCUUUUUUGUGUUAGUUUUCUUGUGAAAUAAAACAGUUCUGUCCACUUAGCUAUCAACAUAAAGGAACACCUUGGGGUAGAAUUUGUGUACAUUUACGUGAGAUGUUUAGCUGGUAACUAAGGCUACAUUGACGCUCCUUUAGGAUUUUUUGUUAAAUCCAACUUUUUAUGUAGUUAUCCUGCUAAAUAAAACGGUUUUGUCCACUUACCUAUCUACAAAAACCAACAAAAUUUGUGUACAUUUACGUGAGAUAAUGCGUUCAGCUGGUAACUACGUUCUCGCUGGGCCACAUCAGGAUUUUUUGUUGAAUCCGAUCUUUUUAUGUAGUUUUUCUGAUUGGUAAAACUAUUUUGUCGACUUGCCUAGCAACAAAAAGCAACAUUUUGGGGUAAUUUGUGUACAUUUACAUGAGAUAUUACGUUCAGCUGGUAACUAAAGCUACGAUCACGCUGCCACCUUUUUGAUUUUUUGUUCAAUCCGAUCUUUUUAUGUAGUUAUUCUGCUAAAUAAAACAGUUCUGUUCACUUACCAAUCUACAAAAAAUAACAUCUUGGGGUAAAAUUUGUGUACAUUUACGUGAGAUCUUUACCUGGAAGGUUAUACUAUAGUUCACGCUGCCCCGUUUGGAUUUUUUGUUAAAUCCAAUCUUUUUAUGUAGUUAUUCUGCGAAAUAAAGCAGUUCUGUUCACUUACCUAUCUACAAAAAGUAACAUCUUGGGGUAAAAUUUGUGUAUUUACGUGAGAUAUUACGUUCAGCUGGUAAUUAAGGCUACGUUCACGCUGGCCCAUCAGGAUUUUUUGUUGAAUCUGAUCUUUUUAUGUAGUUUUUCUGAUUGGUAAAACUGUUUUGUCGACUUACCUAUCAACAAAAGGCAACAUUUUGGGGUAGAAUUUUUGUAUUACGUUCAGCUGGUAACUUUUUUUUUUUUUUUUUUUUUUUUUUAAUCAAUCCAACAAAACAAUACACAGCAAUACCAUAACAAUGCAAUCCAAAACCAAACCUGACCCAGCAACACUCAAAACUGCAACAAACAGAGCAAUUGAGAGGAGACACAAACACGACACAGAACAAACCAAAAGUAGUGAAACAAAAAUGAAUAUUAUCAACAACAGUAUCAAUAUUAGUUAUAAUUUCAACAUAGCAGUGAUUAAAAAUCCCUCAUUGACAUUAUCAUUAGACAUUUAUAAAAGAAAAAGAACAAUAGUGUCACAGUGGCUUACACUUGCAUCGCAUCUCAUAAGCUUGACAACACACUGUGUCCAAUGUUUUCACAAAGAUAAAAUAAGUCAUAUUUUUUGUUCUUUUAAUAGUUAAAACAAAUGUACAUUAUUGCAAUCAGUUGAUAAAACAUUGUCCUUUACAAUUAUAAAAGCUUUUUACAAAAAUCUUCUACUCUGCUUGCAUGUCAGCAGACUGGGGUAGAUCCUGCUGAAAUCCUAUGUAUUGAAUGAAUAGAGAAUCCUUUUGAAUGGGGAAAAAAAUUGUUUUUGAAUCGAGAAUCGUGUUGAAUUGAAAAAAAAAAUCGAUUUUGAAUCGAAUCGUGACCCCAAGAAUCGAUAUUGAAUCGAAUCGUGGGACACCCAAAGAUUCGCAGCCCAUAUCAACAAAAAGCAGAGUCUUCAGGUAGAAUUUGUGUACAUUUACGUGAGAUAUUACGUUUAGCUGGUAUAAGGUUACGUUCGCACCGACCCAUUUGGAUUUUUUGCUAAAUCCGAUCUUUUUAUGUAGAUUACAAAAACCAUGUGACCUUAAUGCAUGGACAAUGCAAACGUAAUGCGUAUGUGAGCCCUGUGUUCAGGCAAGUUUACGCAUUUCUUGCCAUGGUAGUUUGUGGGACCCUUAAUGCUACGUCUUUACCUCGGAGCAUGUGGGUGAAGAGACUGAGCAGCAGGACAUACAAGAAGUACAAGAAGUACAAAUAGUAUAUUUGCCUUACAAAGGAAUAUUAUGGUCACACUGAAAAAAAUAUAAAAAUAGUCGUUGGCUGAUAAAAGAAUGUUUUCGAAUAGAAAAAAGUAAUAUAUAAUUGAUUAGUAGCUUCUAUAAGAUUAUUUUUUUCGCCACGGACUGUUUUCUGGUUCUUCGUCCACUGUAUUUUUUCAGGCCUGUUUUUUUGCCAAGAAUUUGGACGAACGCGACCUAAACGAUCGGACUGCAGUCUCAGAUACAUACAUACGAAAAAAGCCUUUAAACGAUCGGAAUCGUACUGUUUACAGUGACAUGAAAAAAUCGGAUUUGAUCGGCAGUGUGAACAUGGCUUAAGUUAUUUCUGAACGGAAUUGCAACAAGUAGGAACCUUUCCUUGUCUGUCGUCAGUUCUGCAAACGGACACAAUAAAAAAAAAUGUGAGAUACGAACAUUGUGGCCGAUUAUUGUCGGAUACCUGGUGUGAAAUGUGGCUGACGUAAGAUCUGGUUGUGGGUAUUCUGUGCUGAAGUGGGAUAUAGAUGGUAAAUGAUCAUGGGUGUUUUGGGUAAGGUACUGUAGUUAAGUAGGGUUAUGCUUGGUGGGUGGUAGGUAGGAAGGUAGGCAGACCGUUAGGUAAGUAGUGAACUUUGGAUAUUACUACGUUCACGCCGACCCAUUUGGAUUUUUUGCUAAAUCCGAUCUUUUUAUGUAAACAAAAACCAUGUGACCUUAAUGCAUGGACAAUGCGAACGUAAAGCGUAUGUGAGCCCUGUGUUCAGGCAAGUUUACGCAUUUCUUGCUAUGGUAAUUUGUGGGACCCUUAAUGCUACGUCUGUACCUCGGAGCAUGUGGGUGAGGAGACAGAGCAGCAGGACAUUUUAUAAUUUAUACAAGUAGGACAAAUAGUAUAUUUGACUUACAAAGGAAUAUUAUGGUCGGACUGAAAAAAAUAUUAAAAUAGUCGUUGGCUAAUAAAAUAAUGUUUUUCGAAUAGAAAAAGUAAUAUAUAAUUAAUUAGUAGCUUCUGUAAGAUAAUUUUUUCGCCACGGACUGUUUUCUGAUUCUUCGUCCACUGUAUUUUUUCAGGCCUGUUUUUUUGCCAAGAAUUUGGACGAACGCGACCUAAACGAUCAGACUGCAGUCUCAGAUACAUACAUACGAAAAAGGCCUUUGAAACGAUCGGAAUCGUACUGUUUACAUCGACAUGAAAAAAUCUAAUUUGACCGGCAGUGUGAACAUAGCUUAAGUUAUUUCUGAACGGAAUUGCAACGAGUAGGAACCUUUCCUUGUCUGUCGUCAGUUCUGCAAACGGACGCAAUAAAAGUUUUUUUGCUGUUUGUCGUAAGCUACGCGAUCAAUGUCUGUUUCUUGGCCGAUCAAAUUUUGCGAAUAUGCUAGUGAAAUUCUGCGAUCUUGUGAGAUACGAACAUUGUUGUCGAUUAUUGUCGGAAAUCUGGUGUGAAAUGUGGCUGACGUAAGAUCUGGUUGUGAGUAUUCUGUGCUGAAGUGGGAUAUAGAUGGUAAAUGAUCAUAGGUGUUUUGGGUAAGGUACUGUAGUUAAGUAGGGUUAUGCUUGGUGGGUGGUAGGUAGGAAGGUAGGCAGACCGUUAGGUAAGUAGUGAACUUUGGAUAUUACUACGUUCACGCCGACCCAUUUGGAUUUUUUGCUAAAUCCGAUCUUUUUAUGUAAACAAAAACCAUGUGACCUUAAUGCAUGGACAAUGCGAACGUAAAGCGUAUGUGAGCCCUGUGUUCAGGCAAGUUUACGCAUUUCUUGCUAUGGUAAUUUGUGGGACCCUUAAUGCUACGUCUGUACCUCGGAGCAUGUGGGUGAGGAGACAGAGCAGCAGGACAUUUUAUAAUUCAUACAAGUAGGACAAAUAGUAUAUUUGACUUACAAAGGAAUAUUAUGGUCGGACUGAAAAAAAUAUUAAAAUAGUCGUUGGCUAAUAAAAUAAUGUUUUUCGAAUAGAAAAAGUAAUAUAUAAUUGAUUAGUAGCUUCUAUAAGAUUUUUUUUUUCGCCACGGACUGUUUUCUGAUUUCUUCAUCCACCGUAUUUUUUCAGGCCUGUUUUUGCCAAGAAUUUGGACAAACGCGACCUAAACGAUCAGACUGCAGUCUCAGAUACAUACAUACGAAAAAGGCCUUUGAAACGAUCGGAAUCGUACUGUUUACAUCGACAUGAAAAAAUCUAAUUUGACCGGCAGUGUGAACAUAGCUUAAGUUAUUUCUGAACGGAAUUGCAACGGGUAGGAACCUUUCCUUGUCUGUCGUCAGUUUUGCAAACGGACGCAAUAAAAGUUUUUUUGCUGUUUGUCGUAAGCUACGCGAUCAAUGUCUGUUUCUUGGCCGAUCAAAUUUUGCGAAUAUGGUAGUGAAAUUCUGCGAUCUUGUGAGAUACGAACAUUGUUGUCGAUUAUUGUCGGAAAUCUGGUGUGAAAUGUGGCUGACGUAAGAUCUGGGUGUGGGUGUUCUGUGCUGAAGUGGGAUAUAGAUGGUAAAUAAUCAUGGGUGUUUUGGGUAAGGUACUGUAGGUAAGUAGCGUUAUGCUUGGUGGGUGGUAGGUAGGAAGGUAGGCAGACCGUUAGGUAAGUAGUGAACUUUGGACCCGUUUUGUACAAACGUUGGCUGGACUGCAGCACCCAUUUUUCCCACCACUCAUAAGGGAAUGUACCUUUUUACCAACUGCGUGUUUUAGCGCCGAAGUACGUUGCAGUCGCAGUUGGCGGCCAGGGUUUUACUUAUUUUUUACGGAGCGGCUGCUUUAUUUAUCCUCCCAAUAUUGUCCCAGAGCCGCCAUCAUCUCGCAGGAAUGUGGAGCAGUAAUACCCUCAGAUUUGCUCCGUCUCUUCCCUUGAGGAGACUUUAUUGAUUUCUUUUUUCACGCCGGGGGAGUUUUUAACAGCGCUAUUGUAAUGAAAUGUUCCUGAGCCAGUGCCGGUGGUUUGAUUUCGAGUAAUACAUGAAGGAAGUGUUAGGAAAUAGUAGUAGUACAAGUAUCAACAACCUGUGAUAUUUCCUCAAUAAGUGGUCCAACAGGUGAUUGCUUUGCUGCACAAAACUUAAUAUACACUAUAUUGCCAAAAGUAUUAGGCCACACAUCCAAAUGAUCAGAAUCAGGUGUCCUAAUCACUUGUACAAAAUCAAGCACUUUGGCAUUUGUGAAGAAUGGUUCCGCUCUCGGGAGCUCAGUGAUUUCCAGCGUGGAACUGUCAUAGGAUGCCACCUGUGCAACAAAUCCAGUCGGGAAAUUUCCUCGCUCCUAAAUAUUCUGGAUUUGGAGGUUGCCAGGAGAACAGUACAUUUCGGACUGCAUUGUGACGAGUGUGAAGUUUGGUGGAGGAGGAAUUAUGGUGCGGGGUUGUUUUUCAGGAGUUGGCCUUGGCCCCUUAGUUCCAGUGACAGGAACUUUAAAUGCUCCAGGGUACCAACCUUGUGGGCCCCUUCCUCUUCCAACAUGACUGUGCAGCAGUGCACAAAAGCAAGGUCCAUAAAGACAUGGAUGACAGAAACUGGUGUGGAUGAACUUGACUGGCCUGCACAGAGUCCUGACCUGAACCCGAUAGAACAACUUUGGGAUGAAUUAGAACGGAGACUGAGAGCUAGGCUUUCUCGAGCAACAUCAGUGUGGGACAUCACCAAUGCACUUUUGGAAGAAUGGUGGAAAAUUCUUAUAAACACACUCCGCAACCUUGUGGACAGCCUUCCCGGAAGAGUUGAAACUGUAAUAGCUGCAAAAGGUGGACCGACAUCAUAUUGAACCCUAUGGGUUAGGAAUGGUAUGGCACUUCAAGUCCAUAUGUGGGUCAAAUACUUUUGGCAAUAUAGUGUAUGUUACUGUAUUUCAAUUCAACAAUUUGUAUUUAUUCCAAUUCCAAAAAUAGCCGUUUUGUGAAAGAAAGAAAAAAACAGUUUGUGCUCGUGAAAAUACCUCACGGCUGGUUUUUGGACUGUUUUUUUUUUCAGAAAGUACUGAUACAAUUAUGUGCUCUUGUAUUGCAAUAAUUUAUUGACAAGCUCAAAAGGAGGGGAAGAAGUGUCUUUCAGCAGCUCUAUGGAUAUUUGGAACAAUCAUAACACAAACAAAAUGAUGAACCUAAAGGUGGAUUUAGGUUGUUUUGGCUUAGGAUGGGUAUAAUUAAUUCAACCCAAUUGACUUAAUUAAUUUAGGCUGUUGGUUAAGCGCCAAAUAACGUGCUGUCGAAAUGAAUUAAAAAAAAAACUAUGAAAGAAAUAGCGUGCUGUCUAAAGAAUUUUGGCUACAGCCACCUGCAAACAAUUAUUGUUAAUUAAUUCAUGGUAUUAAUUAGUAACAAUUGGUUGAUUAAGCUAUAGAAUGCCCAUCCAGGUUUUUGGCCUAAUUCCACUGGGGACACAAAAAGAGUAUCUUUGAGUUACAAAGGAAUAUUAUGGUCACACUGAAUUUUAUUUAUGUAUUUAUUUAUUUUUUUUAAGUCUUUGGCUGAUAAAAUAAUAUUUUUCAAAAACAAGUCAUAAAAUUACAAGAAUGAAGUGUAAUUCUAACGUGAUAAAAGUAAUAUAUAAUUGAUAAGUGGCAUUUUUCCUUGAAGAAAAAUGCUACUUUUUUUUUUGUAGAGACUGUUUUCCUACGCUUUGUACUCUGUGGCUUACAAAACAGCGCAGCCAAUUUAUGGAUUUUUCUCUGCUUGCUAACGGCCAUAAUGUUUUGUAUUCAACAAAUAGUUUUCAUAUUACACCAAGAAAGACUGAAAAGGUGUGUUAUUGUUUGUGCUAUGGCGCCAUCUUUUGGACGAGUUUGCUCGCUGCAGGUGCCGGGGGGUCGACAGUGUACUUCCUGUUUCGUGCCUUCCGUAGCGUUUCUGCUCGAAAAGAUUCAUCAUUCAUCACUCCAAGCACCCUUUGUAGGUUUUACAAUAGAACUAAAACAAGUCAUACUUACUAAACCGUCCCAUGUGUGAUGGCUUUAGGAGUGUUUUCAUGCAUAUUUGUACAUGCUUAUCGUGACGUAAUCAAACAAGCGUCAUUAGCCAAAAUGCUAACACGUGUCUGUCAGUAUUAUUAACUUAAAAUGACAUUAUUUUUGUAUUUCAGUUUUGUAAAUAGCAUUUUUUUUGUAUUGUUUUAGUUUUGUAAAUUAUCCAAAACGUCACUGUGGCGUUAUCGAAUCUGUUUAACAGGGGUGUCAAAUGUACGGCCCAAUGGCCGGAUCAGGCCCGUGAACAGGUUUUAUCCAGCCCGCGGGAUGAGUUUGCUUAGUAUAAAAAUUAACUUGAAAUUUUUGGAUGUUAGAAACAUCUGUUCUAAAUGUGUCUACUGCAGGGGUCACCAACACGGUGCCCGCGGGCACCAGGUAGCCCGUAAGGACCAGAUGAGUAGCCCGCUGGCCUGUUCUAAAAAUAGUUCAAAUAGCGGCACUUGCCUCUAUUUUUUAAAUUUCAUUUAUUUACUAGCAAGCUGGUCUCGCUUUGUUCGACAUUUUUAAUUCUAAGAGAGACAAAAUUCAAAUAGAAUUUGAAAAUCCAAGAAAAUAUUUUAAAGACUUGGUCUUCACUUUUAAACACAUAUACCUUUUUUACCUUUUAAAUUCCUUCCUCUUUUUUCCUGACAAUUUAAAUAAAUGUUCAAGUAAAUUUAUUUUUUUUGUUGUAAAGAAUAAUAAAUAAGUUUAAAUUGAAUUCUUCAUCUUAGCUUCGGUUUUUUCGAGGAAGAAUAUUUGUGAAAUAUUUCUUCAAACUUAUGAUUAAAAUUCCCAAAAAAUAUUCUGGCAAAUCUAGAAAAUCUGUGAAAUCAAAUUUAAAUCUUGUUUCAAAGUCUUUUGAAUUUCUUUUAAAAUUUUUGUUCUGGAAAAUCUAGAAGAAAUAAUGAUUUAUCUUUGUUAGAAAUAUAUCUUGGUCCAAUUUGUUAUAUAUUCUAACAAAGUGCAGAUUGGAUUUUAAUGUAUUUAAAACAUGUCAUCAAAAUUCUAAAAUUAAUCUUAAUCAGGAAAAAUUACUAAUGAUGUUCCAUAAAUUCGUUUUGUAAUUUUUUCAAAAAGAUUCGAAUUAGCUAGUUUUUUUCGGUUGAAUUUUAAAGAGUGGAAAUUGAAGAUAAACUAUGUUUCAAAAUUAAAUUUUCAUUUUUUUAGUGUUUUCUCUUUUAAACCGUUUAAAUUAAGUGUUUUUUUUCAUCAUUUAUUCUUUACAAAAAAAUCUUCCGUAAAAGGAAAAAAAAUGAAGGACGGAUUGACAGACAGAAAUACCCAUUUUUUUUAAUAUAUAUAUUAGGAAUUAGUAGUAGUACAAGUGUAUAUAUAUAUAUAUAUAUAUAUAUAUAUAUAUAUAUAUUAUUUAUUUAUUAAAGGUAAAUUGAGCAAAUUGGCUAUUUCUGGCAAUUUAUUCAAGUGUGUAUCAAACUGGUAGCCCUUCAUAUUAAUCAGUACCCAAGAAGUAGCUCUUGGUUUCAAAAUAGUUGGUGACCCCUGAUCUACUGGAUAUCGCAUUAAAAAUUCUUAACAAAAUAUCUUGAUAGAUUGAAAAUUAACACUCAUUGCCUUCCGCCCGAAUGCAGCUGAGAUAGGCUUGGGGUUGCUGGAGCCUAACGAGUCAAUCGGUAGAAAAUGGAUGGAUGGAUACAUAAUUUAUUCAGAAAAUAUAAAUAACGACAAAUACAUUAUUAACCGUAACAUGUACCUGAAAAAAAAAAACACAAUAUUAUGAUUUGUACAUUUUCAGAAUUUUCUAUUUUUUUUUCAGAAUUUUCUAUUUUUAAACAAAGAACACAAUCUGAAGUUGUCAUUAUUUGUAAGUGACCGUACCGUGAUUUUACCAGUCCGGCCCACUUGGGAGUAGAAUUUCCUCAAUGUGGCCCCUGAUCUAAAUUAGUUUGACACCCCUGCUAUAACCCAUUGAAGAGCAAGGUUCCGCAUCUAGUCGGUGACUUCUGUUUUGUUUCAUCAUCCGUUUUACUGCCAUGCGACAGGCAUCGUUUGGAAACAAUUAAGGUAUGUGAAUAUUUAUUUACAAACUAUUUUGUACCAGUAUUUUUAUGCCAUUCAUAGUCUGGCGUGACUAAUUUAUGUAAAAUAUGUAUUUCUUCUAAAAUGUAGUCGGUGCGGCACAAGUACUACAGUUUUGUCAAUUUUAGUCCAGGAAAAAUAUGACCCAUUUCUCGGGAGAAAAAAAUACCUCCAGAAGAAUAUAUAUACAUCAUGCUUUAUUCUUGAAAAAUAUUACUUUAUUCUUGAGGAAAAUAUGACUAUUGAAAAUGUUUUUGUUUUUUUUGUUUUGUUUUUUCAACAAAAGGGCAACCUUGCCACUUGACAAAAAUGUACUCUUUAAGUAUUACAAUAAUCUUGCAAGAUUUGGAUUUUGUCUCUUUCCCUUGAAAAUCCCUCAAAUUGAUUGUUCUUUUCCUUUUCAGUGUGGGCAUAAUAUUCCUUCAUGUUGUGAGAUUGAUUUCAACAAACAAAAGAAAAUGGUUUCUUGUACAUAACUUUUUGACUCUUGGCUGAGAAUGUUUGGAUGUUUUUUUUUUUUUAAAUCACAACUGGAGUGAUUUUACAAGCUAGAGGGAAAUUCAGCGUUUAGUUUUUAAAACUGAAAUUUUGCAGAUUUUAAGCUCUUGCUAUAAGAUUUUGUGACUGUGAGAAAAAUAAAAGAAAGUCUCAAACCUU